AUGAAGACCCGAGUUCUGAUGCGGUUAACUCGCUUGCUGCUCUCCCAACUCAGCUCCACCCAGUCACACCGGUUCUUCUCCACCACUACCACCACGUUAUCCCCUCUCCGCCACCACCAAACUACCGUCAUUUUCACUCGCUCCAUCUACUCACCCCCAAAAUCCCGCCAAAUUAGGACAUUUGCCACCACAAGCGAGAGCAUAGCUGAUGCAGUUAAUGAACUUAGAGAAGACGAUAAUAAAAACGACGUCGCGUCGAAGGGGAAGGAGCUACCACAUGAUUUUUAUAGAAAUAUCGUGGCUCUCACAUGUGAGUCAAAAGCUGAGGGUGGCAAGUGCGUUGUCUAUUUAGUUGGUACAGCUCAUGUUUCUAAGGAAUCAUGUUGGGAAGUACAAGCUGUAAUCCGUCAUGUGAAACCACAGGUUGUAUUUCUGGAAUUGUGUGCAAGUAGAGUGGCUCUGCUGACUGCACGGACUUUAAAGAUACCAACAAUAAAGGAAAUGAUAGACAAGUGGAAGAAAACUCAUGACUCGCUUGGAAUUUUUCUUGGCUGGUGGUAUGCCAAGAUUGGUGAUAUGCUUGGAAUUGUUCCUGGUUCGGAGUUCCGGGUAGCUCUUGAAGAAGCAAGAAAAUGUGAUGCCAAGGUAGUACUUGGUGAUCGCCCUGUACAGUUAAAAGAUUUGGAUGAUGCUGGGACUCUUACUCGUGCAAUUCAAAGAAUAAGCGAGCAGUACCCCUCUGUAAUGGAAACCCUUGUGCACGAGCGAGAUCAGUACAUGUCUUCGAUCCUGCUAAGAAUUGCUAAAGAACAUACUUCAGUCAUUGCAGUAGUUGGAAAGGGGCAUUUGCAAGGAAUUCAGAAGUAUUGGGAGCAACCUGUUGAGACUUACAUGCUCACUAGUUCUUCCUUCCCUUUGUUGCAGUUGAAAGAUCUUCUGACACUUCCUCCACAGAAACCAUCCUUUCCAGCUCUAAAGGUUCUUGCUGCUGCUGUGGCUAUUGUUGAAAAUGAUCUUCUGGAACUUCCUCCACAGAAAUCAGCGCUUUCUGCUCCAAAGGUCCUUGCAAUUGCUGGUGUGGCUAUUGGUUUAUGCAUUUAUCUUUCAUGCAAGGAAUAG